GAGUUUUCUUCUCAUGCCCAAUACAUCUCCAGGUCCAAGUGAAACUACACCGAUGCUUCUCAGCCCAGCUCCGACCGGGAGGCCAGCUGCGAUAUGCGCCGUCAAUGGAGCAAUCGGACGGCUAAGAGAAUAACGCACGGCUCCGCUGUGCCCCCGGCCCCCGCCUUCAUGUCACUAAUCGACAAGGGCGUCUCGAAUGGAAGGAGCCCAUCCAACCCAACGAAGAAGCAAAAUCCCCAAUCUCUGCGCCGCCGCCGUUCUGUGUCGUUCUUCGCCCGCCGUCGUUCCGUGUCGUUCUUAGCCCGCCGCCGUUUGUAGUCGCGGCUUCAUCGUCGCGUACCGAUCCCCACCGCCCCCACUGCCACCAGAGGUGUCGACAUGUCUCAGAACAACCCCUCCCAGCUUCUCCCCUCAGAGCUGAUCGACCGGUGCAUCGGGUCCAAGAUCUGGGUGAUCAUGAAGGGGGACAAGGAGCUCGUUGGCACCCUCUGCGGCUUUGAUGUCUACGUCAAUAUGGUGCUGGAGGACGUCACCGAGUAUGAAUACACUGCUGAAGGGCGCCGUAUUACAAAACUUGACCAGAUCCUCCUGAACGGCAACAACAUAGCCAUUUUGGUUCCUGGUGGUUCACCACCUGAUGUGUAAUGAACUUUUGCUUCCCAGAGUAUCAUUCGUGGUGAAGGCAGCCCCGUGAACUUUGCACCUUAUAUUUUUUAAUCAUUGGAUGUUUCCUCAUCUCGGAUGUGUUUCUCCUGUUCAUGAUUAUACCGAAGUUUAUUGUUAACUCUGUCAGCAUGGAAUCUCUCCUCUGUAUUGAACUUACUGACCUGAAGUAGUGUGCCUGCAUAGCUGUGGUUAUAUGAUUCGCUUUGCUCAUCAUCAUUGUACUGUAAUGUGAAUUGCAGGCAAUGGAUUAUGAAGAAACCUGAUAAAUGGAAGCGCAUCGGUUGUAUUUGGCGUUUGA